AUGCCGUCGAAACCCACCGACGAGGAAAUCGAGCAGGCCCGCGAGGACUGGGAGCCAGAGUANCCCUCCGGAGACGAGAAGCGAUUCCAAGGAAGCCAGGCCGAGCAAGCACAAAACCAAAGAACCGUAACGCAACAAAAGAAGCACAAUGAAUUCUACAACCAGGAGAAGCGUCAAACCGGCCUGCAAACCGAGCGUUCCAGAUCCUCCUCCCGCCGCGCCCGAAGAAAGCGAGUAAAGAACGACCAGCGCGACGGCAAAUACAUGCACACAAACUCCCUCGAAGCCCUCGAGGAAGCAGAUGCCAAUGGCGAUCUCCACGAGAUGCAGCCCUUUGAGCGCAUCGGACCCGAUUCAACAUCCAUGGACGGCCCCGUGACAAAGGCCCGCGCAGACAGAGGAGAGAUCCCCAUGCGAGGCAGCAACCCAAACCAACCCUACUACAAGAAACCGCCUAAACAGGAGGCAUCUCUGCUCGACGAGACUGACGGUCUGAAGUUGAAGCUGGAUGCCAAUCUCGAUGUCGAAAUUGAACUCAAGGCCAGUAUUCGUGGUGACUUGACGCUAUCGUUGUUGUAA